AUGCCAGCCGCGGCUGAGCGCGACCAAAGUGGUGCUUCGGGGCUUGAACAAGGAGUAGCUGCGGCUGCUGGCCUAGCAUUGGGAGGGCAGGUUUUACACCAGCUGUCUCGAAGCCGGUCUACUUCCGCCCCUGGUGCUGAGCGAGUCCUAGAUCUAGCCCCGAGGUCAUUCAGCAGGCCAUCGUCGCCCGAGACGGUCCGUGAAAGAGACGAGUCUCCAAGGGGACGUCGUUCGUCUAUGGCCCGAUCUGUCACUGAGUCUCCUACGGCUGUACCUCUACACUUCCGUCGGCCCCCGACAUCCCCAGGUCUUUCGCGGGCGGUCCCUGCCACUGGGUCUCCCACUGCAGCCACUGUCUCCCCUGGCUCACCCACCCAGCCUCGCCAUCGCCGUUUGAACUCUGUUGAGUUCAGAAACUCCCGUGAGAUCCGUCCACUGUGGCUUGUCGAGCGUCAUGGAGCAACCAAGGGCGAGACCGCGGAACCCGGUGAACCAUUGCCAUCCCUCCCAUCCAGCAAGACGUCCUCCCGAGCGCCAUCAAUGGAAGACCUUCGAACACUCAACGACGAAGACGCCAUCCAAAGCUGGGACGCAGUCGACUUCAGCCAUUCCAUGUCUGACCGACGUCGACCAACUGGUCUGACAAUCUCAACAGAAAGAGCCAACGAAGAAGGCGAAGGCGACCUACUUGACUCGCAGCAAGCUACUCCCACUGCAGAGGGCCACGCCGCCACGAAGGAAAAGCAUUAUGAAUUCCAUUCUCCUUCGGAACUCCUUCAGGAUCCUAGCUCGCUGCCAGAUGUACCUCCCUCGCCUACCAUGGAGGCUCUCCCUUCCGCAGAGGGGUCUGUGAUUGGAGCCAAGGAGUUGAAUGACGGUGACGGCAAUGAGCAGACAAGAAAUUCUGACUUGCAACUGGCCGACUCUCAUUAUGAGGCUGGUACACCCACUCAAGAAAAAUCAUCAUUCGACUUCGGACCCGGCUUCGCGGGUGUUGUCGACGCGGCCGUCGCUGCUGUUGUCAUGGAGGACAAGAAGCCUGCUCCAGAUGAAAAGGAAUCCACAGAGCCUCCCGAGCAAAAUACUCCAACACCAGGUGGCCCAUUCGGAGGAUUCGCUGAUAUUGUCAAUGCAGCCGUCUCCAAGGAAGGCGCUCCCACGCCAGCAUCCGGUGGCGAACUAGGCGAACCUGGCACUGCCGAUGAAGAGCGGGACCCUCAGGUUGACCUGAGUAAGGAAUUUGUUCCUGACCUGACGGAAGCUGGUGAGCCUCAAACACAGCCCGAGGAGCCGCUUGAAGAGGUUACGACUACAUCAACCUCUAAGAAGAAAAAGAAGAAGAAGGCGAAGAAGGGACCAUCUCAAAGGGCCAACGAGGCGGCUUCUGAACCAUUGACCUCUGAGGGACAGGCUGUCGAGGGUGAGGAACGUUCCCUCGAGACUAAAGUUGUUCCUCCUGGUCUGGAUGACGCAGUUGUUGUGCAACCGGUGCCUGCAAUGGAGCAGACUCAGGUUUCUAGGAAUGUUGAAGCUGAGUCUUUGCCCGCUGAGCUUACCGAAAAUCAUGAGCAACUCAUUGGAACCGCUGAAGCUGCGGGGGCAUCUGAGCCCGAAGUCGCUGCUGCCCUGUGGACUCUGAGUCCGUGGAGCCUGUUGCCAACGAGCCCCAAGCCGAGCUUACUGGAGAUGCUUCCGCUGAGCUUGACGUCCCCAUGA